GAAUGUGGACAAGCAGCGUUUAAACAGUAUGCGGCUUGCGGCUAAGAGUGUUUGCUCAGGCGGCAGCAGCAGCAUAGCAGUUGCGCUCCUCGUGACUUUGGCAUUGGCAUCGUUCCUGGGAUGCAGCCAUGCCGACGAACAAGAGAGCUUCCAAUGCUCUACCGGAUUCACCACAAAAGGAGUUACUAUACCAAGAGGGGAUAUUGUCCUGCUGUAUGGCAAUCCCCUGGAGAUGUACUGCAAAUUGAAUCCUCAGUUGACCGAUCUCACUGCUGAAUCGUUGGUAUUUUACAACAAUACUCAUCGGAUGGACCAAAAGCAUUUGCAGAUCAUCAAUUCGACAACAUUGCGUCUUUUCAUAGAAAAGCCGGAGCCUUCGUUCUCUUGGUACACUUGCAAGGUGCUCGUGCCACUCGGCAAUGCAACUACUAGGGAAGAAAAUAUCUGUCUAAAUCAAGUGUCCAUUGGAUUUAAACCAAAAGAAGUUACGAAUUUCACAUGCUUAUCUUACAAUUGGGAGAAUUUGACUUGUACUUGGGACAUUUCUUACAAUCCGGUAAAAACAAGCUACAAUUUACGUUACCUCUUACCCAGCAGAAACAUUGAACGGUUCCCAUAUCCAUGUCCUGAUAUCAGUGUCAACAAUAACAUUGAUAAAAAAAGUUGCUAUUGGGAUAAAUCGACUAAAAUAUUGUACAGAUUACCAUUCGAAAUCUACUACUUCAGGAUGGUCGUUUCAAAUCCGUUGGGGAAAAUCACCCAAAACAUAACUUUUAAGCAUUAUGCCCACGUGAUUCCUGCCAAACCUUUGAAUUUAUCGUUUGUGAAUAAAACCGCCGAUGCAGUAACAAUUAAGUGGGAAGUCGGUCAUCCAAUGCUAACUUUCCCGCCCGGACUUGUUCAAAGAGUAGAGUAUCGGUCGCAGUGGGAUAAGGAUGUUCAUUGGCAGGUUGUGGACACGGGUCACUUGAGCAGGAAAUCAAAGCAUAAAAUACUGACGAUAAAAGGGUUGAAAUAUCCACACUCCAAAUACGAUAUACGAGUUUUUAUGAGAUCUGCGGAUGCUAUUGGAAAUGAAAGCUGGUCCGAACCGUCAACACUUACCAUUACAACUAUGUCAACUGCUCCGGCCGCUCCUCCGAAACUCACCCCAGGAUGCUUUGAGGUGGUCGACUCGUACAAUAACGAAAUCUACGACGCAAGAGAUGUCUACAUUUACUGGCAGCAGCUUCCUGAGAGAAUGCGCAAUGGCGAUCACUUCAGCUACAGAGUCAAACAACUCAAUCCCGUUAAUGGAGAGGAGAAAGAACUUGUUGCCAACGAAACUAGUCCGGCGUUUGCGAGGUUCCUGCACUUCCCCAGAGAGGCCACUCACUUGAAAAUCUACUCAGUAAACAGCGAAGGCUAUUCUAAGAAUGGAUCUUAUCUUUUCAUCCCAAGCGCAAUUGAUUAUGUACCGGAACCUCUUGCUUUCACAAAAAUGUUAUUGGAAAAGGAAGGCCAUUUUAGUUUAUCUUGGAAGAAACCUCAGAUGAAGGAUAUAAAAGUAACUGGUUACACUGUGUAUUGGUGUGAAAACAACAACGAUAGACCUUAUCCUUGUAAAGGAUAUCUGGAUUGGGUGCAUGUAUCAAAGGAUACAUUCAACUACUCAAUUACUGUACCAAGUGACACCAUCUAUCAAUUCGCUGUUUCUGCUGAAACAAUAUCUCAGAGCAGCAAUCUUGUUUGGGCAUCAUGUACCAUAAUUCGAAAUCAAGUGAGUAAAAUAAAGAAUAUGUGGGUAACGGACGUGGGAUCAACCUAUAUUGUUCUCAACUGGAAGCUUGAGUGCUCUGACAGAGUUGGCCAAAUCAAGGGCUAUCUAAUCCAAUAUUGCGAGGCUAAAGAACCAGGAUCUCCCAUUUGUAAAGAUAACAAAGCUACAACAAUGCGCGUGCCAGACACGGAACCAGCUAAAGGAAACAUCACAGGCUUGAAUCCAUACAAAACGUACUUGCUGUCAGUUGCCAUUCUGAUGACGAACGAUGAAAAGGGAGUAUUCAGCAAGGCACUUGUUUUCCCAACUUUGGAAGGCGCUCCAUCAUCACCUCCCAGGAACAUGAGCGUGUCAGAUGUUACCAAUACGUCUGUGGUCUUGACCUGGCUUCCGCCUUCAAAAGACCAAAGAAAUGGUGUGCUGCAAGAAUAUAGAAUCAAUAUAAAUAAUUUAACUGAAAUCACAGUGCCUGUCAAUGGAACUGACGAGCUGGAUCAGAUGAAACCGGGCACCAUAGUUCUCGAGGAUUUGCUGAGUUUUACAACAUACAAAGUCAGCUUGAAGGCGUGUUGUGCACGAUUUCAAUGCUCUCAGUACUCUCCAGUAAUGAAUUUCACGACUCUCACAGGAAAGCCCGGUGCAAUUGACACCAUUCAGAGAGAAACGAGAAAUGGCUCCAAAGUGUUGAUAUCAUGGAAUCCACCUUCGUACCGCGGGGGACCAAUUAACUACUAUGAACUCAUGAUAAGGACUUCGAAAGGGACCAACCAGCCUAUCAACUCUUCCUUUACUACUGGAAUAAAUAAAACGGAGAGAUACGUUGAAGAAAAAUGUGAUGAGGAUGAGGUUUCGUCAACCAUGUAUUACUAUUAUGUUCGUGCUGUGAACAUCGGCGAUGAUGACAACAUCACUUAUUAUGGUAACUGGUCGAAAGCUGCUGAUCAUAGUUGCCACACUAAGGGUUUUCCAAAAUCUGUUAUUCUUAUCAUCAUAACGAGCUUUUUAAUCAUUCUCAUCGGACUUAUUGGCUACCUUGGAAAAAGAACUUGGACAUGGGCGAAUUCGAAGUUUUUUGCCAGUCUUGGAGUGAAGUUGCCACCCGGACUUGAUCCUCCCAAAAGAGAGGUGGAUAAGGAGUCAGCUGUAUUCUGUCCAUACAAGCAUGGAUCCCUUCCACCGGAGAAAAUGAUAAUUGAUGGUUACAAGAUCGACUCUCCACCGGAUCAAGAGCUGCUGCUCAUGAAAAAAUCGAAUACUGAGUUUGUGGGAGAUGGGGAUGGGGAUGCGGAUGGCGACGGUGAUGGGGAUGGUGACUCUUCUGGUUGCUCAUCGGCGCAUGACAGUGUUUCUUCAUCAAUAACUUCCGGCACUCAUAUCUCCGACUCGGGGACAGAGGCUGAUCAUGAUCAGAGAGCAGAAUCGCCGGAUGGAGUGUUCAUUGAUGUUGGGCGUGUCUGUAUGCCUGUGCCAGAACUACCUAUGGCCACCAACGCAUACUGCCGUGUUGGAAUGGGUGACGAUACCCCAUACUGCCGUGUGGGCGACAACGGGUAUGUCAGUCACAGCAUGCCUUUCAGGCCUCCUGUCCCCAAGCCCCAAGUCAAUGUCAUGCCCACUGCUAUGGGAUAUGUGAUGGCAGGCAACCCAGACCACGUUUAAACCAACUCAGAGCAGCUCAAAUAUCUGUCCAUCAUCACCCAUUUUACUUCGUCGACUUAAACUUUCAAUGCUAUAAUACCUACUCAGUGUUGUAUCCAAUGUAAUUUUUAGUCUCUUUAUUAGUACCUAAUUUAGUUCUAUAGUUUUCAAGUUCUAUUUUGUAGUUCAAAGUAUAUAAUAUAUUCAUAUUGAUGCAAACGUUUAUUUGAAAUUAGUCAUUAUACAUCAUUACCUACCUAAUUUACUACAAAAGAUAUUUUCUAUUUUCCAAUGUAAAGUAUGUAUCUAUAUUACCGCAUACCAUCUCAAAUUAGAUAUUUUGCAUAAUAUGAGUACAUAAUUCACUCCAAUAAUAAUCUAUAUUUUCUAUAUUCCAUUGUAAAUUACAUUAAUAUAGCAAAAUUUAUAUCAAAUUAGUCAUACGAGUACCUACCUAAUUUACUCCAAUAAGCAUCAAUAUUUUUCCAUUUUCCAGUGUAAAUUGUAUUCGUAUUCCAACGAUUUAUCUCAACUAUUUUUCAGAUUGCUCAAUAGUAGUGCUAAUCUUUGAUGUAAUUGGUUUUUGAUGUUUAACCAAGUGCUAGAAAGUUAAAUAAAAUGUGUAACAUUUUCAAUGUUAAAUGUUAUUAAUAUUAAUAAUUCAAAGUGAUGUAUUCUAUGUGUAUUUCCAUGAUCAAAACAUAACACUUUACAUCUUAACAUGGUGGCAUAAUCAAGUGCCUGCAUCCAAGUACGCUUGGUUAAUCCACCGUCCUACAUCUUAACAUGGUGGCAUAAUCAAGUGCCUGCAUCCAAGUACGCUUGGUUAAUCCACCGUCCAAAUGUGAUUGUUCCAACAUUUUCUAAUACAAUAGUCAGUUGUCAUUACACGUAAUUUUGCUCUAAAUAAUAUGUGAUUUUUGUUGAUUAUUCGUAUUCGAUGGACUUCUUGAAUAGUUUUCUCACUUUCACACCUCAAUGAUGGAGUAAACUACUGUUACUCUGAAUUUAUUUUCUUAAAUGUUACUUCUAUGUGUAGGAAUAUUAUGUCAUUUUAUUCUUCUAAUGACACUAAGUAGUGAAUUUUGAACUAUUGAUACUGUUAUUAAAAUAACACUAUGUAGUGAAUGAAAGGAUAUCUUUUAAAAAGCAUUCACAUGCUUUUUAUAACUAACUGAAUAUCUAUAUUUUACGGGCAAAGCCUAAUCUGUGGAUAAAGCACAAAAUAGGAGCGAAGUUUGCUGUAUGGUACAGUCAAUAUCAUGACUUACCCAUUGUUCAAGGUUUAGAGUAGUUGGUAUUUUUAUUAUGGCAGUAUACUAAUAUAAUUAUAAUAAAAAAAAUAUUAGUAAAGUUGAUUUAUAUAAAAAUACUACAAAAAUCAGAACAACAACUCACUUCUCAACCAAAGAGCAGUCUUCCAGAUUCUCCACUUCUAUCAAGAUAAUUCAGAUUUCAACUUUUCAUUCGGGUAGUUUGUUAUAAUUACUAUCAUUAACAAUUAUUUUUCACUUAGUCGAUUUUAAUGAAAAAUUGUUACGAAAUUCAUAACAACUCAACCAUAAAGUGGUUUUAGAGAACUUGGUUCGCCCUUCCACCGCUUCCUUUUCAGCAAUAGUAUCGAUAAUUCUCUAGUCAAUUGCACAAUAAUAGUCUCAAUUAUUGGAAAAAAAGCAUUCAUAAUAUGUUCUAUAUAACCUAAUAAUAACUAUUUAUUAUUCUUUUUUGAACUACAAACUUCUUACCAAUUUUCACUUUCUUAGUAAGGUUUACUCGUAUAUUUACAUAAAAAUUAAAUCCAAGGUACCCUUUUUUCAACUUCAUUUUACAAAACAAGUUUCACUGUGAGAAAUGUGUAUACAUGUCAGAAAUAGAAUAAAUUUGAAAAAAGGGUACUUGGUUUUUUAAUUUUUUAUGUUCUUACCAAUUAUUGAUGACAAUCCAAGCCUCUGACCGUCCAUGAUAUAGAAACUUGAUCAUUAUGAGUUUUGAUAACUAUACGAUGAACAUAAACAAGAUUAAUGAUUCUUCCGGACAGACCUAGUAUUGUCCACUUAAAGGGCUUUGUCCGUAACAUGUGCAUCAUGUAGAUGAAAAAGAAUAUGGAAUUUUAUGAUAGUUAAAGUAUUUAAUGUUAAGUAGUUGAUGUAUCCAUAUCUCCACAAACGUGUAUGAGAUAUUUCAACCAGUGGCAUAUGUAUUGAAUGUCACCAACCAUUGAUGCAGCUCUUAAAAAUUUUGGACAGGGUUUUAUUUUUGUGGAUAGUGAGCAAGUCUCCUCCGUACAUAAAUCACUAAUUACAGCAAUAUUUAAUCAUCAUGUCUUGUUAUUUACUUAUUCAAAAUAACAUUAAUUAGUUCAUAGAAUCGACCACAUUUGAAUAUAUUUGCUUCAACAUAUAUUAAAUGUUGGAUAAUAUCUUCGUUGAUGCUUUCCAUGCUCUGUUAUUGAUUCCAUGUCGUGUUGAGAUUCACUGUAAAUCCCUUAGCUUCAUAUUUCAAUACAAUAUGUGCCAUAAAAUAAAUUACUGAUGUGAUUAAUAAAAUAACAAUGAUUAUUAGAUGUUGUUAUUGCACAAAUUUGUUUUGUAAAUAGUUUUACUUGAAAUUAAUGAUAGCAUAUCGUAAUUUUCAUCCUUUCUAUUCAUAGGGACUGGACACAUUCUUCUCAGCAGUUUACUCAUUUUCUUGUAUAAAAUUUUACUUUAUCAACUGACACGAUCAUACAUUAUUUCAAUGACUGUAUUUUUGUAGGAAAUUAUGUGUAAAUAUAAGUUGUUUCAACAAUCUUUUUCAUUUUUGUAUUUCCAUUGUCAAUAUUAAUAAAUUGUUGUAUUAUUUUAAGUGUAUGUAAAAUAUCUUGACAUUUUAAAAUUUGUAACCAAUAAAAAUUUAUUAGAAUCAA